AUGUCACGGUGCUGCUGUGCUGUUCGGAAUGACUGCAGCACGCAGCAGCCAAGAGAGGAUGAAGAGGGGCAGAGAAUUCCGGAACCAGAUGAAGGAUUUGCAGAUGAUCCUGAGCUUCAGAAGUUGACGGUCUUCCAAGCCUCCCUCUCUGCCUCCAGCGGAUCUUCGAAUAAGGUCAUGUCAGAAGACCAAACUGUUAGCGUUAACUACCCAGAGAGACGUACGAGGGGGACGAGGACUCGUUCGGCAAAGCUUCGGCACCUCUGGAGAAUCCGUGAAGAAUGGAAGCUUCUGGGUUUCUUUGAGAUCAACCGUGACCACGAGUUCUACGAGUUCACGUGCAUGCUGAAAGAGGGGUUGAAUGCGGCGAUUCAGGAGGCAAGGGAUAAUCCACCAACGGCAGUGAGCAUCGGUCAGGGUGAUAUCCUUUGCGAGUCAGAUUUUCGUGCAGUACAUAAACAGGUUCAUGAGGGCUUUGAGAUGAGGACCUACGCAGGCCUCACUUUUGCCAAGUUCAGGCAGUUCCUUGGCAUGAUAGACAGCGAUUACCAGCAAUCUCUGAGCUGCAAAAGCUCUUACCUGCAGUUCAUCAGCAACUCAAAGAGCACGGCCAACUUCUUCCUCACCAACGACAAACGCUUCUUCCUGAAGACGCAGAGCAAGCGAGAAACCCAUUUCCUCCUCUCGAACCUCAAAUACUUUGAUCACAUGGAGCAAUACCCCCACUCCCUUCUUGUCAAAUUCCUUGCCCAUCUCAAUUUUCAGUUAUCAUACAAGCAUGACAACACCACCUUUAGUAUUCUCUGUAGGGGUCCACAGUAUCCUUGUUCCCCGGAGAAGAAGAAAUAUUUCAUCAUCAUGCAGAGUGUCUUUUACCCUCACGAGAGGAUUAUCGAGCGGUAUGAUAUUAAGGGUUGUGAACUUGAUCGCUGGGCAGAGGCUGCCCCAGAAAGCAGUCAGAUAAUUGUGGUUUUGAAGGAUCUCAACUUUGAAGGAAAGACCAUCUGCCUUGAUGAGCAGUGCGCCUGGUUUAAGCAUCAAGUGGAGCUGGACACACGGUUCCUCAAGAAGCUGGCCGUGAUGGACUACAGUCUCUUGGUGGCCCUUCAGCCCCUCCAGAAGGACGAGCAGUCCAUCAACCGCACCUUGGCCAACAUCAUCGCCAGGACGCAAAUGUCGCUCAGCCCUCACAGCUGCCUUCUCCACGGAGGCACCGAAGCCAGCGAACUCUCUUCCAUCGUCCACUAUCCCUCCAGCUUCGACCAGAGCAAUUCCGCAACGGAGAGCAGUUUGCACGAUUUUAUUCACAAGUUGCAGAAAUCCAGCUUUGACUUGCAUACGGGUUCCCGCGGCGACCUGACCGACCGCUUCCAGGAGGCCCUGAUCGCUUAUCUGACGCAGGCAAGCAGCUAUGAACAGCUGCCCGGGGCGGCCCCUGAAGGCAAUGUCAACUUGGUGAGCCUCGCUGACUCCUGCCUGCACUUGGCACAGAACCGGCGUCUCCUACCUAGCUGCAGGAACCCCUUGCACGUCAUCGACGGGCCCAGAUUCCGCUACUUUGUGGGCAUCAUUGACCUUUUCACGGUGUACGGCUUCCGCAAGAAGGUGGAGCAUCUCUGGAAAAGCAUCCGGUAUCGAGGACAGUGUUUCUCCACCGUUAGGCCCUCCUGUUAUGCCAGAAGGCUUUGCCAGUGGGUAGAAGAACAUACCACAUGAGCACAGGUGGGUCAGAGGGGAAGGGACAGCAUCCUUUGUCUUUCU